UUCUCUUUCCUUUCUCAGUCCCCUCCUCGGAAGUAGACGCUUCAGUCUAUAUUCCGUUCGUUUUAUGAUUUAAUAUCAUUUUCAGAGCCCCUUUCCCUGCGUUUUGGAGAUGGAGGUACAGGUGGAAGUGUGAGGAGAUGUCCCGCUCCGAGCUGCUCUUGUAUUUGAUCUCAGUUUAACGGGCCGGAUGAUCUCCGAGUCGGACUGCGGUUCCCACAGGCUCGCAGUGGAGGUAGCUGUAUCCAGUGGGGAGGUAGGCUUUUCCAGGGUUCGUGAUGAAAUUCGCCGAACCCUUGGAAGGCCGGAAGCUGUCUGUUCUCCUGGAGAAUGCAGCUUCUAGGGAAGCCAAGCUGUGGAAGGUUUACGUGCCAAAGAAACCAUCCAACCAGGAUACAGAUAUCUCCCCUGCCCAGCGUGACGAGGCAGUGCGAUGGCUGGCUGAUGUGCACCACCAGCUGAAGCUUUAUCCAGAGACCCUCUGUCUGGCCGUCUCCAUCCUCGACCGCUUCCUCUCUGCUAUUAAGGCUCGUCCCAAGUACCUGCGCUGUAUCGCCAUCACCUGUUUCUUCCUGGCCGCUAAGACCAGCGAGGAGGACGAGCGAGUUCCUGCUCUGAGAGAGUUGGUCAGCAGCAGUAAAUGUGGCUGCACGCCCUCAGAAGUCUUGAGGAUGGAGAGGAUCGUUCUGGAUAAGCUCGGCUGGGACCUGCACACCGCCACGCCGCUCGACUUCCUGCACAUCUUCCAUGCGACGGUGUUCAGCUGCAAGGCGGUGCGUCUGAGCGGCGUGCUGUCCGCGCUGGACCGAUCCCAGCAUUUGGCCCUGCUCACCCAGGAGCUGCUGCACUGUCUUUCCCACAAUGCACUGCUGCCGGUGCGUGGCUCCACACUGGCCCUCGCCCUCGUCACGCUCCAGCUGGAGAAACUCUGUCCUGAUUGGCUCGCUGUGACCGCGGACCUGCUGCGCAAAGCUCAGAUUGUCAGCUCUGAGCUGAUUGGCUGCAGAGAGCUGGUUUCACGUUGCCUGUCCACUCACACGGCAUCCCUGCCUCCCAACACUGUAUACAUCUGCCAACCGCUGCGCCCCCCUCCCCCGGAGUCUCGGGACAGCCGAGUCUUGCCCCCUUGGCACCUCUCGGCCGUCCCGACACCGCCCGCCUGCUCUCACAGGGACCGGAGCCCGUCCGGUGACUCCAGCCUGAUCCCUGACCCCACCCUGCCCAGGUCCUGUGCUUCCCUGCCGCUCCGGAGGAAGCCCUCGACCAAGCGCAAAGUGGAGCAGAUGGACGUGGACGAAUACUUCGACGGCAUCAAGCGCCUCUACAACGAAGACGGCCCCCAGGAGGGCGGAUCUUCGCCCUGCCCGGCGCUUCAGCCGGUCACCAUGUCCUAACGAUACAGCCAGGGGUCAAAAGGGCAGCUGAAACAUCGCAGGCCUGCAGGGGGCGACAAAUCAACAAAGGCCGAACCGCAGUUGUGGCGCUUCCUCCAGCUCCGGAGCAGAACAGAGCCCAGACUCGCGUAUAAUCUGUAUAGCUCAUACGCUGCAGUUCAUUUAUGAGCCUUACAAUAAAAUUUAUUUAAAAAAAAAAAAAGACAAAAAAAUCAACAUAAAGGAAAAAUCUCCACAAAAAAGUAGCAAAACUUCUCCUGCCCCCUCGUCCCACUUGUGAAAAUCUACCUUUAUAUACGUGUGAGUGAUGCCGUUUGUCUCAUUUAUCCGUAUCAGAACAUUUAAAAUAAUCUUCCGUCUGUUUUUUCCCGUCACGUCCUCUCACUGUGGGCCGUGUCCUCCUUCUCUUCGUCUCCAAUGAAGCGCACGGCACUCCUGAAUGUACAACUGGUGUGGAUAUUGUUUAUGAUGCCAGGGUUAAAAGAAAUUAGAAUUAAUGGAGAUUAACGUUUAUUUUCGUCUACUAGAUUGUAAUAUAUCUUUAUUUAUGAUCAGUCUUCCCCUCUUUCUCCAGCUCUCUCUUCCUCUCUCGACGGCUGGGUCUCUCUCACUUCGUGGCUUGACCGUUGUUUAUUGAGACGUGUGUGUGUGUGUGUGUGUGUGUGUGUGUGUGUGUGUGUGGCUGUUUGAAGGGUGAUAAUCUCCCUAUCACUUCUCCUAAGAGAGCAUUAAGGUGGCAUUAGUGGCCGCAGGCGCGGGAGAGGGUUUAGUGUUUGAUCAGAGAGGCGAUGUAACUGUAGGAUCUCUAACACAAAAAAGAAAGAAAAAAAUGCACAAAACUGAAAUACAGGAAAAAAAGAGUCUUUAGAGCGUCACCGUUCCCUUUCGCUGCCGAUGAUCCUCCCUGCUCUUUCAUCCGGCUCCGUUCUGCUCCGGGGGGCCGAGGGGCGACCAAACUGCUGAAACGUCAAGGCAAAGGUUCAAAUAAAAGCGUCUACUGCACGA